GCGCCGUCAGCAUCGCUUGCUAAAACGCGUUACGUUAUUGUUGCUAUUGUUGUUGUUAUUGCUUUUACGUGCAUAACAACAACAAUACCAAGAUACAAAACACAACAACAACAACUCACACUGAACACACACAAUUCGUCGUCGUUGUCGUCAUCAACAUCGGUUCGCCGUCGUCGUUUGUUUAACGCUGUUUUUUGUGGGCCGCCGUCGCCUUUGGAUACGAGCAACUUCACCUAUGGCGUUAUUACACUUACCUGUUCGCGUGUGUUACCCACAACUGUGACAACAACAACAGCACCCAAAGAGUCAAAGAGUGUGUGUGCAAAAGCAUCCUGCAGCUGAAACUAAACUUCAAAACAUAUUAAAGUGCCUUAAAACCAACAGCAGCAGCAUCAAAAUUCUUUCCGAUUUAUCGCGCAACUAAAUCAACAGCAACAACAUUUCUGUUGGCUCAAUGCACAGUCUAAGCAAUUCUUGAGUUUUGCCUUUGAGUUUUUUCAUUUAUUUCUCGCGUGUUUUCGUGUGGUUGCCGGUCUAUAAGCCAAAUAUAUGGUAAUGGCAGAGAUUGGUGGCCAUUUGGCUCACCAGCUACCAUUGCACAAUCAUAAUCACAAUCACAAUCAUCAAACUGGAUUACAGCCAUCGCUGGUGAUGAAUCAUCACCUGGAUUUGGAUUGCCACGGCCAUGAUGUGAUCAAAAAACAAAGAUUGUCGCAUUGUGUAGGCUGUGGGGGUCAGAUUCAUGAUCAGUAUAUACUGCGUGUGGCGCCCGAUCUGGAGUGGCAUGCAGCUUGCCUCAAGUGCCAGGAAUGCAGGCAGUUUCUGGAUGAAAGCUGUACGUGUUUUGUGCGCGAUGGCAAAACCUAUUGCAAGCGUGAUUAUGUUAGGUUAUUUGGUACAAAAUGUGAUAAAUGCGGUAACUCCUUCAGCAAAAAUGAUUUUGUGAUGCGAGCCAAGACGAAAAUCUUUCACAUUGAAUGCUUUCGUUGCUCAGCGUGUGCCCGACAAUUGCUGCCAGGCGAUGAAUUUGCGUUACGCGAUGCGGGCGCGCUGUAUUGCAAGGAGGAUCAUGAUGUGCUGGAGAAGUCAUCGCAGAGCAGCCUAACAACAUCGUCUGUGGAGAGCAACAACAACAUUAGCAGUAGUAAUAACAACAAUACAAAUCUUAGCAAUAAUAAUCAUUCCAGUGAAUUGGGUUCAAUGUCAGAUUCCGGCAGCGAAUCGGGCUCACAUAAAAGUAUUAGGGAAAAACGACCCUCGGGUCCAUCGGAUGGCAAGCCGACUCGCGUACGCACCGUGCUGAACGAGAAGCAAUUGCAUACGCUAAGAACCUGCUACAAUGCGAAUCCGCGACCUGAUGCGCUCAUGAAGGAGCAGCUGGUGGAGAUGACGAGCCUAUCGCCGCGCGUCAUACGCGUGUGGUUCCAAAACAAGCGCUGCAAGGACAAGAAGAAGACCAUUCAAAUGAAAUUGCAAAUGCAGCAGGAGAAGGAGGGACGCAAGCUGGGCUAUGGCGCCAUGCAGGGCAUACCCAUGAUUGCCAGCUCGCCAGUGCGUCAUGACUCGCCUCUGAAUCUGCAGGGUCUGGAUGUGCAGACAUAUCAACCGCCAUGGAAAGCCUUAAGUGAUUUCGCCUUGCACGCCGACUUGGACAGCAACGGAGCCAUCAAUACACAUACGCCUGCAUUUCAGCAGCUGGUCAACCAGAUGCACGGUUAUGACUUGAAUGGCAUGCCAGUGAUGCCGCCGCAUCCGCCGCCACAGGGACCACAUCCGGGCUUGCCGGGCCAGCAAAUGAAUGGACCACCUGGUGGCAGCAGUAUGGACUCGGGCAUCACGUCACACCAUCAUCCGGAUAGCACAGACUCGUAUGUGACAUACCUGGAGAGCGAUGACAAAUCCAAGCUGGCGCUGACGCCAUCGUCCUCAUCAUCCGCAUCGGUGGCCACAUCGAUCUCCUCGCCGCCGUCGGCCAAUCAGUCGGCAACGGAACAACUCAUGCAAAUGCUGCAGAAAGUUACCGGCUCGCCGGCAACGGUACUCUGAGCGCAAGCCCAUCUUUGGCUUCAUCUCAAGCAUUUAAUGGGGCAAUGGGGCAAUGGCGGCAGCGACGGCGAGGAUGCGGCUGUUAAACAGCGCGAGCAGCUCGCAGGCUUGGCUUGGCAUUGGGCUUGUGCAAUGUUCUCGUCUCAUUUUUGAUUCGGUGCCAACAAAUAGUCUGUGGGCUCCCGAUUCUACUUACUAGUGGGUGGUGUGGGGUUGGGUGUUCUUGGGAAUUGUAAUAAAGGGGGGUGGGCGAGUCAGAGUUUCCUUGUUAUGUAAUAUACAUUUUUGUUGUUCUUAUUUGUCGUAUUAAAUUAAUUAAACAAACUCAAAUGCUCACAUACUUGAAAAGUUUUAACAAUAAUUUCGCAUUAAUAAAAUAAAAAACAAAUGCAAUGAAAAUAAAGAUGGUCAAG